CCUCCCGAAAUCGGAGGUCUCAAGGUUGGCAAGUGUGGCCUAAAAUGUGUUUUUUUUUAUAUUCCGUCAGCUGAGAAGUGCAGUCAUGGCAGCUUACUGAUUAUUCAUGACUAUCCAUGUUGCCCCUGUUUAUGAUACAGUUCUAUCCGGAGUGGCCCCUCACCUGAUUUGCUCCGCUCCUGCGUCGGGCGCUACGUGCGCGCUCAUAGGUCGGAUCCAGAAGGCUCGAGGAGGAGGAGGAGGAGGAGGAUCAGACUGCAAGGAGGGGGAGAGAGAGAGAGGUCCAGCUGCAAACAAAAAAAAAAUAAAAAAAAAUCAGCAGCACCGUGACAAUGGCAACAUCAAGCAUCUCCUAAACGGCAACCGGGGGGAGAAAAAAAGAAGAAGGGGCGUGAGUGUGAAUCUGCUCGGCCGCCCUGCCAGCGCCUCUUGGUGGGAAUACGAAGCAAGCUGGUCCGCGGUAUGGAGCGGCGCCCGAGACCACAGUCGCCGCGUCUCCAUCACUGAGAGGCGCGUCCACCUGCUAACUGCAGGCCCGGCCAGGCUGGAGGAAAACACACGCACGCAACAACAAUAAUAACAACAACAACAAGCAAGGGGAACGAGCAGAGCCGGCUCGGCUGCAGGGUGGAGGACAUGCGGCGGGGACGCCUUUGCAUUUGGCAGGAAACGAGACGCACAUUCUCCCAUUCCGUCCGAAGCCCUUGCGGAGGAUCCGUUUGCGACGCGGGGGGAAAGACGCAGUUUUUUUGGGGGCGCACACGCUCAUCAGGAGUGAAUCACUCAUCGGGACUUAAUCCUGUAUUUUCUUCAAUCCCAAAUCCACCCCUCUCAAAACCUCUUAGUGAGUUUGGACGGCAGCUGCUCUCACCGUGGACUGGGAAGGCCAUGCUUUUAGUGGCGGCCGGCUCCUUUGAUUCUGCGCACACAGGAAGCCGGGCCGGAUUCCACGGCUUUCAUCAUGCUUUAAGCAGCGUUUAAGAAAGGUGGGAGAGUCAAAAUGAUGCGUAGGAGGACGAGCAGCCUUGAGCCGUAUUGAUGGACGUGUUACCAGACAGCGGUCUCACACUCAGCGUGAAGACUUCCCAAACAGAUGAUGCAAUCGCAGUGGAGGAGCCAGGGGUAUGUGAGCAGAGCGGUGAUCUGAGUCUACACAGACUUGUUGAUGCUGCUCUCUCUCCAUCCUUACCUCAACCUGCUGCCGAGUCAUCCCAGCGGGUGUGCCCACCGCACCAGAGCAGCACACCCGCAUCCCCAGCUCUCUGCUUCCCCCUCCCACUUGGCACCGAUCCCUCUCUCAGUCUCACCGCAGCUCCUUCCCAUGAGGUUCCAAACGUAGUCCCCCUUUUUCACGACAUGUCCAGUCCCGCAUCACUUCCCAACCCGGCUGGAAGCUCCUGGGGCCCGGCGGGAGACACCCAGAAGAGCAUUCGGUUGCCUGCUGUCACCUCUCUGUCGAUGACAAUGAUGGAGCCUGACAACGUUUCUACUCUGGCGGAGGAGUGUCUCCUUCAGCCGACACGCACCUGCCUUGGUUGCUUUAUUGAGACCCGCGAUGCCACUUCAGUACAAAACCCACCGCACGAGCCUAGCACAAGCCCUAACUCAGAAAAUGGACUUAGUGUACGGAUAGGGGACGUGAACCGAGAGGACUUCUCUGACAUCAACAAUAUCAGCAUUCAGUGCCUGAGCCAUGCGGGGGAGGCGGUGAGUCACUACGGAGAACAGCUCCUCUCUGACCAGCUACUUAGCUUCCCCCUGCCCAAAGCCCCCGAUGAGGGCAAGAGAGCUGAAGGAAACAAAGCAACAAAUGACUGUGAUGACCCCGAGGACGAUGCAACAACUAAGAACUUAUAUGAAGGACUGUUAUUGGACAAAGUGAGUGGGGAAGAGGUACUGCUGGCGAAUGCCAGCCAGGACUGGGGCUACUUUGAAUCCUUCAUCAGCGAGAGCAAGAUGGAACUGCUGGACCUAUGUUCGAAAAACGAGCUGUCGGUCAACCUCUUCUCAGAAGAAGAUGUUGAUAAUUUAUUUGAUGACGAGGACGACGACUCGACUUUAAGCAGCGACGUUUGUUCGCUGAAGAUUCGGUAUGAGUCGUUUCAGGACAACAUGAGGGAAAAAACAAAUGUGCUUCAGGAGGAGACACAGUUAAAUUUCUUCCCCAGUGUCCUGGCCAACUCUGCCAAGAAAGAAGAAGGAGUAGGAGUCUUGAGGAGAAGCGUUGAGGAGCUUCAGCCCAAAAUCGAUGAGCUCGUCCUCGAAACAGGACAGGAGGAAACGCCAGGGGACUGCAACGGUCAGAGCCCCCUUGACGGCUCCCAAUGCUCACCCAUGUCACCUCCUAAAAUCAACUAUGUAAUCGAUUUUAAUUCCACGGAGGAAUCAGGGGAAUUCAGUGAUGACAGCUCCUGUACUGGCUCCUCCUCAGACACUGUGCAAGAGGGCAAAUAUAAGAAGGGGCACUCCAAAAGAUUCUUCAGCCCCUCCAAUCCACUUAACUACGGCUUGCGCUCUAAGAGAAAGGUCCGAUACAGUGAUGAUUAUUUAUAUGAUGUGGAUUCACUUGAAAGUGAGAAGAAUGCAGAGAAAAAAGACAAAACCCCAUUAGGUCAGAAAGAGGAGGAAGAUGUAGACUGGUGCCCCAAAAAAAGAAGGAAAUCAUGUCGUAAAGACCCACCCGUGGUCAUCAAGUACAUUAUAAUCAACAGGUUUAAAGGAGAAAGACUAAUGUCAGUGAAACUGGGAAAACUAAACCCUGCGGACGGUACCGUGAGCUUGAAUGCCAACACAAUCAGCAAAUAUGAGACACUGGCUCCUCUGAAAGAUUUCUGGCAGGAGAAGCAAAGAAAGCGCCAGGAGCAGCUCAAGCUGGUGUCCAGAGAGAGACAACGUGGUUUUCAUCUUAACGGACGCCACCAUCGUCCUUUUCAUUCUAAUCAUCCUAAAAGGAAAUACAAGUUCGCUAAUAGAAUUAAGGUUCAGAGGAUUCACACAGUGCAACAGACAGUCAUUGUGCAGAACUCCCUGCCCGCUGAUCAGGCCCACGGAGAUGUCACUAAAGACCAGGCCACCCCAAUGGUGGAGGAGAUAAUAGCAGCCCCGGGCAUCCCGCUCACAUUGGACAUAAACUCUAUCUCAAACAUGGUGAUAACCAAGAGUCGCUCACAAGAGAGAGAGGAGAGAGAGGGGAGGAGAUUGGGAGGAAAUAAAAUAGUUAGGAUAAGAAAAUUCAAAAGUGAGGCGAGGCUGAGAAGCCAGAAAAUGAAUGCGGCCCAAGAGCAAGAGAGGAAGAGCGUGACAAAUGAAUCGGACACCAUUGUCGCUACAGCAAACGCUGAUGAUCCGUCUGCUGGGCUAAAAGAUACAAGCAUGAGCGCCGCCACAGCAGAACUUGACUUCUCUGAUAAUGCCACCACAAUUGAAACAGACAAAGAGAAGCAAUUUGUUUCGUCCUCCGACUCCCCUGACAAAGCACCAUCCUCAGAAGAGGUCGAAACAGGCGUUUCUGUCAUCCCGGGGGGGUAUCUGCAGACCUUGCUAGAUGCUACAGACUCCUCUGGAGGUACAUCCAUCCCAUAUUUUUCCCAGCAUUCGUCCAGGCAGCAAUAUCCUGUGGGCCUAUCCCUAGAGGAGAAACAGUUUUCUUCUCUUCAACUUGCUCAAAGCUGUGUCCUCUCCCCUCCCUCAGAAUCAGAGCUUCAACAGUCUCCCCAGAAUUGUCCCAGCUUCCCCCAAAUGUGGCAUCCACAACUCUGCAACAAUCAUAACCAGAACUUUGGGCCUGAGACGCCUGAAACCCCAAUUUUACCCAACAACUUCCCGACUGUUGUCCCGUUAAACGAAAACCUGCCAGUGUCUAACUACAGCCAUGUCGACCCUGAGGGUGAACAGAUACUUUAUGAGAAGAGCUAUCUAACUGAGCCAGGGCUACAGUCUGGGGCAGAUCUGCAAGUGUGUCAGUCUACCUGUUCGGACGGCCAGGUGCAAUACCAGAGAGGGUCUCUAUGUACAGACAAUGGAAGACUCAUCAGCUAUGACUCGGUAGGCUCCUUGUCAGCCUCAAGCAAUUACAGUUCACUAAGCCUCAAAUCGUGUGAGCGAGAAGGUGAGGAGGAGGGCAGAGACAGUUUCUUAGCCCACUGCAGUCCUAAAAUGGUGAUUCAGCAGAGUGUCGAUGCCCUCACACCCCUCAGGGAGUCCUCAGACCUGCUGGACAUCUCUAACUUCACUCCUGACAAAUUUAGACACUCGUCAUUGUCGGAGCUUUCCCCGCCUGAGACGCCCAACCUCUCCCCUCAGGUCGCGGGGCGUGACAUGAAAAUACCAGCAAAUGUUGGAAAAUACCAAGAUGUAAACGAUUUGACAGUGGAGCGCAAUAGGGAUGUUAAAUGGAACUGUGACCUUAUACAGCAACAGGAGCACACAGGAAAUUCCUACACCGUAGAAGAUAGUCAGUUUCCACUGCACAAUUAUAACAACCAGGAUGUCGUGUGUGUAGAUACAAAGGAGCUGGGGGUUACGGACUUCGAUGAACAGACCGAUGAAAUGGCAGGGCCCAAAAGCAUAAAGGCAAAGAGGAAAGGCAAUUACAAACAGACAGCUGCCGGACAAAGCCCAAAGAAAGUCCGGGCCCCAAGAACCCCUAAGUCUGAAAAAGUAAAGUCUCCCAAACCGAAUUCCCGUUCCACCAAAAAGAUCAAAGCCAUGUUAGAGGGUAAAGCAGCCAAGAACCAGGCAGACGGGUGUGGUAUAGGCUUGCCUGACAGUACCAGCACCGGGGACUGGUCUGGCCCUGGUUGGUCGGAGAGCAACAGUCUCGUCGGAGAUGACCAGAGAGAGUUUGAGGAGCCCUCAAACAUUCUGUCGAACAUUGUCUCCGGCAUGGCCGAGGUCCAGAGAUUCAUGAUGGCAUCCAUUGAGCCGCUGUGGAACCCCAUGUCUGAGGCCGGUAUGCCCGCGGAGGCCAACAGCCUCAACCUGAAAACCCUGAAAAUCUUGGCAGGCACUGAGUCGGAUCUGAAGAAAAAGGGUGCCAUGCUAACAGGGGCUGGGAGAGGCAGAAAGGCCGGGGGGAAAGGAGGGAAAAACCAGGCCAAAUUCAACCCCACUCAUCCCUUAUUUCCUCAACUCGCUCUGGGCUGCGACAUGUUUGACAAACCCAACUUCAUCAACCCCGGGCCUGCGCACAAAAAGCUGUACCGUCACAAGACCAGCGCAAAGUUCCCCCGCAUUGAAACACUAAAGGGGAAGCGAGCUGAGAGAGACCCCAAUAAGGACAUAGCACUGAUGACCUCUUUUGAGAAACUGAGAAUGUGGAUGUCCUGUUGUUGCCGUCCUUCAUACACUGCCUGGCUCAUUUCAAGAGGAAAACCUACACUUAACGAGCCCUAUUUAAUCCCGAGGCAUCUUGAAAACACAAGAUGGGACCGUUUUGUAUCGAUGACAUAUCAGAUGUCCCCUUUUUCUCCCCCCCUCCAGGUCGGAAUGAUUUCCUUUAUUGAGCUUUUUUUUUUUUUUUUUUUGGGUUUGUUUUUUUUCUUCUGGAGCGGUUAUCCACAUUUCCAUUUUUACGCCUUGCAAAGUCAUUAAAGCUCCACCCCUCAGAGUAUUUUUGUCAUUGUUGUUGUACAGGGACAUGCAAUAUUUGCAAAAAAAAAAAAAAGAAAACGAAAAAAAAGAAGAGAUAAUUAUACCUUAAAAAUCAAUGUGCCAAAAGUAACAAUGCUGUGUAAAUGACCUCUUAUGUAUGUGUGAAUAUUGGCUGUUCCGAUUUUUCUAUCUACUGGAAUAUUGACUCCUUACAGAGACUUGUCACAACAGGAAUUCUUUGUUUGGGACUCUGGUCUCUCUUGUCUGAUGAAAAAGGCACCAACAGCUGGCAGUGGUGCACCACCACUCACUAAACCAAAUCAGAACCACUCUCCUUGUCCCACCCGCACACACACACACACACACACACACAUCGUUUGCCAAAUUCAAUUUACCUCAACAUCGCCUGGCGCUGGAAAAGCGACGAGGAGAGAGACAAAGGGGAAAUGUGCUCUGAAGGCUCCUGCAGAGGAAGAGAAAGGACAAGAUGAGGCAUUGGAACAAGCUUUCUGUGGACCACGGAGAAUGUAGUACAGAUGUUUGAGGCGCGGCGAGGAAACGAUUCGAAAAAAACAACAAAAAACUGUUUUGGGCAGUUUGUCACACACAGAGAUUCAAGAUGCACGCGUACGGUCCUGAAUGCGGCAUUUCUUUUUUGCAGUUAAUGUGAAUGUGAACGCAGUUUUCGGUACAAAUGGAAUCGCCAAUCUUGUAAAUGAAGGAAAAGCAUGUCUUUUCAUUACGUUUAACCAAUCAAAAAUAUUGACUAAUCAUCUCACUCUUGUUUAGUUUGCACCACGUGCUUACAACUCUGUGAUUUCUGUUUUUUUGGGUUUUUUCCCCCCCCCCUCCAUAAUACUUUUGUUGUUUUCAGUUGUUUGGCAGAACCCCGAUAUCACAUUAGUGCACAAUUUAAUAAUAAUGAAAAAGAAGAAGAAGAAGCAUAUUUAUACUUUUUUAUUAACUACUCAUUUGUGAAUGAACAUCAAGAAUUGAACCUACAAUCAAACAGUGACAAAUAGCUGCAAAAAGAUAAUUUUAUAUACGUGCAAAGUUGCAGCUUCUUUUACAGAAUAACACACACACGGCCUGCAUUUGUGUUGAUUUCUUCUUUAAGCCAACGGAUGCAGACGUUUGACUUAAAAACAGGCCUUGUCACUCCAAAAAAAAAAAAAUCUGGCACAAGCAUGAUGGUAAUAAGACUCAAAAUCAAACAUGUUUUUUUUUUUUGUAUUAUUUUCCCUCUGCCAUGAUCCUGCAUUGCUUAUUUCCAAUAUAUCAGGGUUAGGACCAAGACGAGCUGCUGAUGGGAAGCUCCACUUGGGGUGUGAACCCAUUUAGUCUGCCUUCUCUCAUUUCUGCCUAUUGUCAAAUUGAAUGUACUUAACCUGAGUUUUUUUAUUUUCUUUUAUUAUUAUUCUGUUUUGAAAAUGUGCCACUGUUGAGCUGCCUCAUUUUAACGGUGCUAAGAAAGCUGACUUUUUUUUUUUUUACGUUGUCGUUCUGAUUUGUUUUCCCAUGCGUUAACAAAACAAAACAAAAAAAUGCAAACAAGAUUAGGUUCCUAAUCCUCCUUAUGAAUGUAUAUUAUAAUGUUACGUUUGAUGUAUUCACUUCAUGAUUCUUUGACAUUGAUUGGAAUUAAUUUUGCUCUUUUCAUUAAAAGAUCGCCAAGCUUUAUAUAUACUGUCUAGAGUUGUUACCAGAAGGAAUCUUACUGAACUCUUGACACAACAAAAUCUUGUAUAUUUUUUGUGUGCCAAUUUGUAACAUAUUUUGUAAGUGUAUAUUUUUCUUAGAAAGUGCUGUGAAGUAUUUGUGUGUGUGUGUGUGUGAGUAACCUUUUAUGCGCCUCGAUGGGCAGUGGAAAGGAUAUACGAUGACACGUUUCUGGUUUUAAAAACCAAAAUAUGAAAGUAUCAACAAAAAACUAGAACUAUUUACAUUUUGUUGGGAGUUUUUUUUUUUGUAAUAAGACCAUGAUCUUGUUGUGAGAGUGUUGUGUUACUGUGUAAAACACAAAUAAGCAAAUAAAAAAAAAAAAGAAAACCUGGGGAAAAAAAAAUAUAAUUUGUGAACAAUUUGCUGUUUUAUAGAUUUUCAUGUCAAUUAUUUGAGUAUUAUUUGUUUUUUUUUUGUUUUGUUUUUUUGUUGUAACUGUUGCAAAGGUUUUAAAUAUUUGUGAUCAAGCCUGUAUGGUGAUAAUGUAAUAUUGGUAACUUGCUGAGUUUUGUAAUAAUGUUUAUGGAGUAAAUAUACAAAUUAAAAUAAGAUUUUGAAUGCUGCUUUCUGAA